UUUGAGUAAGCAGAAGUCCAAGCUGUAUUUCAAUCCUAUGGCAGAGUUUAUGCAUGAAAACUUUGACGAUGUUGACGUCGAAGAGCUUUACCAGCAUUUCAAAGAAAAACACAACAAACCACUUAUGAACGACACGGAACACGAGAGAAAAAAACAUAUCUUUAGGCACAAUAUGAGGUUUAUACGUGCACAAAACCGCGCCGGUCUCAAUUAUUCCCUCGAUUCCAACGAGCUAGCAGAUUUAUCAGACGACGAGUUUGAAGAGUACAAAGGAUUGCUAAUUGACCCUAGUGGAGGCGAUGAACAGCUCAAAAARCAAAUAAUACCAGAAGUGCGCUUUAGUAUUCCCCACAAACCACCCCCCACGGAUCUUGAUUGGAGAGUUUACGGAGCUGUGGUUCCGCCCAAAGCACAGGGGCAUUGCGGUUCCUGUUGGACGUUUUCUGCCAUGGGAGCUAUUGAAGGUGCAUACGCAAUCCAGACAGGAAAAUUAGAAGAUUUUUCUGAGCAGCGCCUCCUUGAUUGUUCGUGGGGGYUUGGGAACUACGGUUGCCGAGGAGGUUUCUCAUGGCGCGCUCUUGAGUGGGCGAAAAAAUUUGGCGUCACAACAGCGAAAUCAUAUGGCCGUUAUUUAUCACAGGAAGGCUAUUGUCAUUGCGCAGAGAAAGACAACUGCACAACUGAGUAUUUUUCCCGCGUGAUGACAGUACCUAAACUAGACSAAGAAGCCCUACGGUUAGGAAUAGCAUGGUAUGGACCUGCAUCGAUAGCAGUUAAUGUCAACAGAAAAGCAUUUAAGUUUUACAGCUCAGGGGUUCUGGACGAUCCAAAAUGCAGACCCCAGACAAACCAUGGUGUAGUUGUAGUUGGAUAUGGAGUUGAAAACGAUAAACCUUACUGGUUGAUAAAGAAUUCUUGGGGAAAACUUUGGGGUGACAAGGGAUUUAUAAAAAUCGCAAGAAAAAACAACAUGUGUGGAAUAUUGACAAAUGAGCCUAUCUUUGUUCAGUUUAACACAACUGGUUCAUAUCAUGGAGAAGAAUUCCCUUUUUUACGCAUGAACAAGACGAUAGUUAAGGAUCAGAUAAACGAAAAUGACAURAUGAUAUCACCCUUGGACUACAAAAGAUCACAUAUUGAUUUCUGGACACCUCCAGACUUUUCUAAAAACGAAGGUUGACGCCGGUAGGUCUUCAAAGGGGUGUUCCCCUUCUCGGUCUUAAGUAAUAACUUAGGAAUCGAAAUUGUUGUGUACAUAAUUAUAUUUUUUAUUUGAAAUUAUUCAUUUUUAUUCAUGUAACUAUAUUUUUAUAAAAUAAAAUUUCAUUAAGACAAUGAUUGUGAGUUUUYUCGUGUAGAUAUUGACGUGAUUGAACCCUGUACUCCCUCUUUUAAUCGA